AUGGAAGACGAUUCAGAUUAUAAUCCAAGAAUACAAGACCCAACUAGAUUGAAUUGGUUGGAUAAAGACAACUAUGAUGUUAUUGUAUUGGGUACUGGUUUUGUAGAGUCUUUAAUUGCUGGAUAUUUUGUGUAUUUGUAUUUAUCAUUAUCAAGAGCAGGAAAGAAUGUAUUACAUUUAGACAAAAACGAUUAUUAUGGUGGUUAUGCAAGUUCUUUCACUUUGAAUCAACUUGAUAAGUUGUUGACAAAGGCAAACGAAGAAAAGAAAGAGGAAGAGGAUCUAGUAGCAACUGUUCACAAUAUCAACAAUGAUACAGUUGCCCCACAAUUCAAGAAUAUCAAGGUUUAUAAAAAAGAAAAGAAACAAGUAGUAGUAGUUACUCCACCAACUACAACAACUACAACUACAACUACAACACAAGAUAAUGAUAUUGAAAAGAAAGAAGGAGAAGAAGAUGUUAAACAACAAGAAGAAACUAAACAAGAAGUAGUAGUAGAAGAGAAACCAAAACAAGAAGAACAACUAGAGGAAGAGGAGGAUAUUUUCAAAAAAGGUAGACAAUAUAUUAUUGAUAUUACACCUUCAUUGAUUUAUUCACGUGGUCCAUUGGUUUCAUUGUUGAUAUCAUCAAUGACUAGUAAAUAUUUGGAUUUCAAGUGUCCAGAACAAAACUAUCUCUUUUUAAAGGAUGCCAUUCAAAAGAUCCCAUCAACCAAAGGAUCUAUUUUCAAAGAUAGUAUAUUCUCAUUAAAGGACAAGAGAUCAAUUAUGAAGUUUAUUGAUAGUAUUAAAUCUAUAAGAGAGGAAAAUGAACCAAAACAAGAAGAAGGAGAAAGUCAACAACAACAAGAUGACGAAAGCAAAGAAAAAAAGACUGGUGGAGAAUAUGAAGAGUUGAAACGCAAAUAUGGCAAGUUUAUUGAAUACAUUGAUUCUUUUGCACUCUCUCAACAUGUAAAAUUAUUUAUUCUCUAUGGUCUUUCACUCAUUCAUCAAGAUAUUGAAAAUAUCACAUUUGAACAAGGUAUUCAAUCGGUUGGACUUUACAUUUCAUCGUUGUUGGUUUAUGGUCCAACUCCAUUCCUUGUCCCAUUCUAUGGAUACGGUGAAAUUCCACAAGCAUUCUGUCGUCUGUGUGCUGUUUUUGGUGGAACCUAUGUACUCGAUAGAUCAGCCAAAGAUAUUCUCUUUACUGAACCAAACGAUUCCAACAAUCAAACCUCCAAAUAUCGUGGAAUCACUUGCACUGAAGGUCAAACUAUUACUUCAACUCAUUUCAUUACAACUCCAAGAUAUUUAAAUCCAUCUUCAUUUUCAAUUUCAAAUCAAUUUAUUACUAAAACUUAUUCAAGAGCUAUUUGUAUAGUUGAUAAGAUUAUUGAAGGAACAGAAUCUUAUUCAUUUUUAACUAUUCCACCAGGUUCGAUUGGUGGAAAUAAACAAACUAUUAAUAUGAAUCAAAUGGAUAAACUUUGUGUACCAAUGGAAAAGACUUUAAUCCAUUUCACAACAUUGGCAACUGGUACUGCUGAGGAAGAUUUAAAGAGUGUUGUAGAGCAUUUCUUACAAUAUGACUCUACUGCUACUACUACAGACUCUAAAGACUCUAAAAAGAAACCAACUAUUCUAUGGUCAGCCUAUUUCAAUAUUGAUUUGGAUUAUGUAAAGGAAUCAGAUAGUGGUAGUACAUUUGAUAAUACCACUGGAUUAUUACCAGAAGGUAUGAUUAUUUGUUCAGAUGCUCCAAUCUCUUCAACCAUUGAUUAUCAAUCACAAAUUUCACAAGCCAAAUUCAUUUUUGAAAAGAUUUGUCCUGGUCAAACCUUUUUAGAAAGAGUUCCAGAUGCUGAAGAUAUUAUUUGGGGUGGUGAAGAUACUACUACUUCAACUACAACUACAACUACUACAGCCAAUGAAACUGAACCAACUACAACUGCUACUACAACUAAUGAAAAUGAAACAACUCCAACUGCUGCUACUACUACUACAACUAAUAAUGAAAAUCCAACAACAGAAGAACAUCAAUCAUAA